CAUCUGAGGUUAUAUAGCAGAAAGAGGCAGCCAGAGUAAGUCAAAUGUAAAUGCAAAGCGGCUCCCCUCAGGUACGAGUACAUGCUGAUGUCUCAGCCCAUUAGGUACGCAGCUUCUUCAUGCAUUAAACUGGCUCGCAUCAUGCAUAAGUUGUGGAUGAUGUUUUGAAAAGUUUGAGGGAUAGAUAUCUAUUUAAUCCAUUGGUGUAUCUCGAAAUAUGUGAAUUAUUUAUCUGCACAGGCGAUCUUGAUGGAAGCUAUGUCGCCUCAGCAAGAUAAUUUGGGACAGAGUCGUUCUUCUUCUUUGCACGGGGAGUCCAACAUUCCUGGAUUAUCGGAAAGCAAAAAGAAGAUGAAGACUCUGUCCCAAAGAAGGCAGUCAGCACCUUCCCUGGUUAUCAGCAAAGCACUUAAGCCCCGAACAGUCACCAGAGAAGCCUGCCUGUCACCCAUUAGUCCAGAGUCAUGCCCCCUUGUCCAGUCAUUCAUUUGUCAAACCAGGGAAUUCAUUAUGGCGGACUAUGUACAACUCAGGAUGGGAUUACAAACGCAAGAACGACACCUCUUCCUUUUCAGUGAUCUUCUAGUCAUUGCCAAAUCAAAGUCUUCACACUUUAAGCUGAAGAACAAUUUGCGGAUCUGUGAGAUGUGGACAGCUUCCUGCCUAGAUGAAGUCUGUGAAAGCAACCCAAACCCAGACAGGUCAUUUGUCAUAGGCUGGCCAAUUACCAACUAUGUAGCCACAUUUCGUUCUACAGAAGAGAAAGAAAAAUGGCUGUCAGUUCUCCAAAGACGAAUUAAAGAAGAGAAAGAAAAGGACCACCCAGAAAGCAUUCCACUGAAGGUUUUUGCAAAGGAUCUUGGGAACUGUGCAAGCUCAAAAAUCCUGACAGUGACAAAUGAAGACACAACCCAUGAUGUCAUUAAAAUGGCUCUUCAAAACCUCGAGAUCAGUGGUUGUAUAAAAGACUACCAGCUCUGGGUCAAAUCAGUGAAAGAAGAUGCUCCUUAUCCACUUAUCGGACAUGAAAACCCAUUCAGCAUUAAAAUGAACCAUAUUCGAGAUGCAACAGCCAGGACACCUGUCUCAAAGGAGUGUGUCUUCUCUCUGGACCUCAGUGGAUCACCUUUAAUGGAGCAGUUUCCCCAGGAUUUACAGUGUCAGUUUAUCCUCAGACCAAGCUGUCUGGCUCCAUCCCACCAAGCAACAGAGUCCAGCCAAAAAUCAUUUAAAAGAAGACGAUCUAUUAUAAAUUGGACAUUUUGGAGGGGCUCAAAUGCACCACUAGACAGUAUGGCAUUGUCACCAACAUCUCCAGUGCCUGGAAGGCUGUUUGGCCUGCCACUGUCAACCAUAUGUGAAAAUGACACUCUUCCCAAACCUGUAAUAGAUAUGCUUAAUAUUCUGUAUCAGGAAGGCCCAUUCACCAGGGGAAUAUUCAGACGAUCUGCUAAUGCAAAAUCAUGCCGAGAGCUGAAGGAGAAACUGGACUGUGGAGCUGAAGUGCAUAUAGACUGUGAAUCCGUAUUUGUGACAGCUGUUGUGCUAAAGGAUUUUCUUCGUAACAUACCAGGCAGCAUCCUUUCUUCAGAAUUAUUUGACAAAUGGAUAGCUGCAAUGGAUUAUGAAAGUCAUGAAGAAAAGCUGCAAGAAAUUCAAAGGCUAACAGAGCUGCUUCCAAAACCCAAUAUUCUUCUCUUGCGACAUCUCUUUGGGAUUUUGCACAGUGUAGAACAGCAGAGUGUGGACAAUCAGAUGAAUGCCUUUAAUCUGGCAGUAUGCAUUGCUCCCAGUUUGCUCUGGCCUCCUGUGCCAACUAGCCCUGAAACACAAAGUGAAGCAGUAAAAAAGGUAUCCAUAUUUGUACAAUUUCUGAUUGAAAACUGUUGUCUGAUCUAUGGAGAAGAUAUCGCAUCCCUUUUUGAAGAUGUAAUUUCAAGACAAUCAGAGAUCAGAGAGGAUGGAUCAGACCCUUCUUCAUUUCCACUGAAUGACUCCUCAUAUGAUAGCCUUGAAAAUGAAUUGAAUGAUGAAGUCGAUUCCCUUUGCGCUAAUCUGGUUCAGAAACAUCAGGAAGAAAACAGAAGCAGGGAUUCUGUCCUGACCCUGAGUGACUGUGAUUUGGAUCAGAAUGAAGUUGAAGAGGCUGAAAUUAAAACAUCUAAAUCAAAAGCAGCCAAGAUUUUUAGUGGCUGGCAUCACAAAACGUCACUGAAAGAGCAUCCUAAGAAAGAAGGUGUCACCUCAAACUGUUCAUUACGAUUCUCAGAUGUUCUCCGAAGGUCUAGACGUCGCAGGCGCUGUUCUGAGCCUACCAUAAGUCUCUUAGCUUCACAAUUUAGUCACUUAUGUGAACUUCAUGAUCCUAUAAGCCGUAAGACCAGUUGUGACGCGGCAAUAAGCCAUACCGAUGUGAACUGUCUGAAGCAGCUUCGUACAUUACAGAUUGAGGGUCAGAAACUUAUUAACCGUGCUAUAACUAUGGGUAUUGAUUUAAGCAAGACAAAUGAUGCAAAGCCUGCAGAUAGCAAAAAUGACCAGUCAGUCAGCAGUAGACUACAGCCCCCUCCCCAUCUAAGUUUAAACAUUGCUGCAACUAAUAGUUGUUCCAGUUUGUCCUCACCUGGCACAUCUCCAUCAGGUUCAUCUGUGAGCUCAUUAGACAGUGCAUUCUCUCAGUACUCUGACUAUUCAGUAUUCACGCCACCUGAAAUGUCUCCUUCCCCUAAUUCAGCAUGCAUCCCAGAAAAACAUGAACAAUCUUCUGGUGAGAGCACUACAGUGCACUUUUUUGACCAGCUUUCACCUAGCCAACCUUCUGCUCCAAGGACCUGCUCAUCUCCUAAGGAACUAAAAAGGAGAUCCUUUUCAUUUGGCAAGGACAAUAAUGACUGGCCUUUUCAUAAAACCCCAGUCACUCUCCAUCCAAAUACAUGGUUAAAAAAUGGAGCUACUACAAUGAAAAACUGGGCACUUAAGACAAAAGACAAAGAAAUGAAACAUGAAGAAAAAAGGAGAAUGUCAUCAAAGACAUCAGUUUCUGACUCAAAACUGAAAUCCUGUAGUCCACAGGGAAGUGAUAUGCCCUCUAAUGAACAAGGGCAAAUGACAAAUGCUCCAGGAGCUUCAGAAAAUACACACAGCAUUAAGAAUGGCAAGAAGCAUCAGAGUCCUCACCAAGUAGCUUUCCAUCAAGAAAAAACUCCACUUAAUCAGACUAUUCCUAAAGAAGAAGUAAUAAGCAGAAAGUCCUCAAGGACAGCAGUUCACCAGGAUAUCUGCAAUAAAAAUGGAGAACAGUGUGUAGAGAGUUCCAUACCUUGCACAUCUACCUUUCUUACUGAGGAAAGCCAAUUAUCAGAUUACAAAAAUGAAGCAGAGGUUACAACGAGUGAGUUAACUGGGCAAAAUACUGACUUAGGGGUACCACAAACUCUUUUCUUUGGGCAACAUAUUUCUCUUUGUUCGUCAGUAUCUAAAAUGCAACCAUCUCACUCAGUGAUAUUAACAGAGGAUAACUCUGAACAUUCUGUGGUUCAGAACUGUCCAGUACCAACUCAUGGUACAUGUAAGGGAGUUCCACAUUCCACUGAUGGAAAUAUCCUUAAAGUCCAGUCUACUAAGGAAACACGUGAUAAAGAAGGCAGGAGUGGUGAAAAAAAGGGAUGUCAGUCUGUAAACAUAGCUAGCAGUAAUGCUUGUCCAAAAGCCAUAGCUCGGCAUUCUAAAACUAUAUUUUCAUUGUCUCCUAAAGUGAAAAAAGCAGUUAAAGACUAUUUCACAGAGACUAAUGCAACUAACAGCUUAGAAAAAACUGAAGAAGUGACUAAUGCAAUGCUUCAGAGCAAAAAGGAACGGCAGCAAAGACAGUGUAAUGAGUCAAAAUUCGAAGAGUUGGAUCAAAUACUUUUUGCAGAAGAAUCUUAUGUUUAAGGCAGUUAAAUUACAUGACAGUAGUAGGUUUGAGUCUUUUUUACUGUGGGAAUUCUAGGAAUGUUUCCAUUGCAGUACUGUAGUGCUGUCCAUGCCAAAAACACCAAAUGGAUACUCCUGCUGCAAAGAAAAAAAUUCCCAUAGUUUGUUGGACCAUGGGAGAAUGUAUUGAGGUGAAAAGGUUGUUGCAGUUGUUUUUGUUGGUAUACAGAAUGUGUGAUACACCUUCUGUGAUGGCAACAACAGAGGAGUUCUCGCAUUAGGACAUGAAAAUGAACAUGUUGCAGUCAGUGCCAAUGUGCCGAUACCAGUACUGUUCUAAUGGCACUGGGCUCAAUAGCGCCAGCUUCCUGGCUUCCCCACACAUGCUGCUGUUUCACUUUAACAUAAGACCAGUAAAUGUUAGAUGUAGUGACUUCUGAAUCAAAAGUCCUACAUCACUUCAACAUUUGUACAACUUGAUUGUUUACUUAAAAUGUAAAUUAUGAUCUUUUUCUGCUUGUUUAUUGUAAAUAGUAAUGCACAUUUCUUCAGCCAAAACACAUACAUAAUUUUAUGAGAAUUACAUUUUAAAACACUUUGUAAUAUAUUUUUAUUUAAAAAAGUCUAACAAAAUGCUAAAGUUCACGUGCUUUAUUGAUAUGUAUAAAUGUGCUAGUAAAGUGUGCUAUUAUAUAGUAUACUGUUAUAUUAAAUGAAGUGUAUUUUUGUACUAGGAAGAGUUGCACUGCCGAUGUUAAAAUGUUUAUUGUUUGUUUAGGCACUUUUGUACUUUGUGUUAUGUAUAUCAGCAGAAAUAAAGUGAAAUAUAUAUCAUUCACCAGAAAGAAGUCAGUAACAACA